CAACAUAUCUGUCAGUGCUGCUGAGAUCUGAGAGGAUUACGGGCCUCUUGUCUUUCUCCCGACCCCCCGCUCAUCCUCGCUCACCUACUGGUCGCCACACUUGCAGGGGGAAUUCUCUCUCUGUUUAGUCUGCGAUGGUGCUACUCUGCCAAACCCCACUCAAGAUGCUGCCCAUACCGAAGGACCUGUAACAGACACCAUGGCAGUGUCGGCACUAUCAGAGCCUGGCUCUGAGACAGAAAACACCUCACUGUCUACUGAUGUCCCUACUGAUGUCCCUGUGGAGGAAGAGGGGCUUGUGGUGGAGGAGGGAGUUGUGGAGGAAGGGGGCCUUGUGGUGCAACAGCAGCCCGAUAAAGAGAAGGCAAUGUCGGGAGACGAUGUGGUCUUCUCCUGCUUGCUGUCUGGAAGUUACCCAGAGGGGAUGGGAGUGCAGUGGGUGGUCCAUGGGCACAAGGAGAGGCACACCAUACUGGAGGGCAACCAGACUGGACAGGCACACCAUACUGGAGGGCAACCAGACUGGACAGGCACACCAUACUGGAGGGCAACCAGACUGGACAGGCACACCAUACUGGAGGGCAACCAGACGUCUGACGAUGCAUUUGCAGGCUGGGCAUUCCUCUCCGGGAAGCCCACUGCUGGGGACUCAUCCAUGAUGCUGAGGAACGUAUCGAGAGUGGACUGCAGCGUUUACCACUGUCUCCUCAUUCCCCAUAAAUGGCACCACUGUGGAUGGGAGUGGGACCAAGCUCAGCAUCCACAAGGACCUGGGACAGUACUGAAUGCUAGAGACUAUUGCCAGAUAGACUCCAGGACCAUGGACAGGAACAGGCAACAGAAAUGAAGAGAAAGUGAUUGGGAAUUAUGUUUGAUUCAUUGGUUUAAUUUGUUCUGUGCACUUCUCUUCACAUGUGGAGACAAAGAUAAUAUCGCGCCUCAUCAGCUCAUUGUUAUGGAUGUCUCCAAAUAAAUGUCACUAGAAAACAGUUUAAGCAUAUGCAAAUGCAGCUACUUUGCUGUUAUUCUGGCUUUUUGACGUGACUAAGUUAGCCAUAGUUGGCUAGCUAGCAAGUAAGGGAUAAGAACGUUGCCAGCAAGUAUGGCAAUGAAACAUUUAGAACGAACGACUGGGUCGCGUCUAUAGAUACAGAACAAAAAGACUGAACGACUGGGUCAAGUCUCUGGCAACCAAACCGAUAGAACCCUAGAUUUGUGUUGGGACUAUAUAUUGUGGAAGGAUGAAAUAGUAUGAAUAAAUUCAUCUAAAUAAUGCUUUUAUUUAAAAUAUGUCAAUCAUUAUUUGAACAUGUUGGGUGGAUGGUCUCCAUGUAUGAGCAUCAACCACAAUAUAACUAAUAUACCCCAUUGUCUUGAGUUUGGUGAAACAGUUCCCCUUUAUUUCCUGGUUUGUUCAAGUAUCAAAAUAAUUCACCUUCUCAGUGGUACAAGACAGAUUUACUAACUUGCUACGGUUUCUGCCUGACUGCUUCUGGGCAUAUUUCUUCCAAUCAAAAGUCAAGCUCAUCCUUCUGAGUGACGAACUCCAUAUCAGGACAAUUAUUUAUGUUGUCCUGUGUGUUCCUUUUCAAAACAACAUUUUAAACCGUGGGAAACUGAUGCCUAAAGGGAUUACAUUGCAAGUUUGUUUAGGAUUUAUAUAAACUGAUUUUGAAACAAUUUCAAAAAUACUUAUUCUUGUUUUCCAACUAUUUUAAAUUAUUUACGUAUUUUGGCUUCGCCGUAAAGAAACAAUGCAUUCUUUCAACAUAGAAUUAUUUAUGUAUUUUUUUUUGGAAACAGCUGCUAUGAUGACUGACUGGCCUCUAGUGGUUCAAAUGGCUGCACUAGAAACAAUAUGAAUAAGGAGCUUCUAUGCCCAUAACUCUUUUCCAUUUUUGGGUUCAUGCAAGAUGAAAUGUUUAUGAAAGAAUAAAAACAUAAAUAAAAGUAUAUGAGAAAGACAAAUAUGGUUUGGGAAAUGAUUGUCCUUGGUGACAUCAAGGUU